AAGACGUGAAGUUUCUCCAGGGCUCUCUCUCUCACUCUCUCUGCAGCACAUGGACUUCUUCCAUAGCAAAGCUGUAAAACUUUAUUGAAUCUACUCACCGCGAAUUCAAGAGAAUUCAACAAAAUGGGGAAGGUGAACGUUUGUUUGAAACGGAGUUACAUCACCGUGGCCACUUUGAUCGGGAUCAUCAGUGCCCUUUUAUUGGCAAUCACUCUGUUUGGUCAUGGAGUCUUUCACGAACAAGAAGAGAUGCUCACAGGCAUAAUUGUCAUGUAUGUUAUUGCCAUUGUAACUCUACUCUUGGCCAUCAUUGGUGUGUUUGGUGCCUGCAAAAAGAAGAAGUGGGCUUUAAUAUCGUUUGCGGUUGGAAUGAUCCUGCUCAGUCUGUUCAUGUUUCUAUGUGAAGGUCGUGGACUGGCUAUGAAACCUCAGAUGGCUGAACAGCUGAAGCAGCAAUACUUGCAUAUGGGACCGCUGAAUAAUACUAGUGAGGAAUUUAUUGACCGACUCGAAGAAGCACAGAUGGAAUUUCAGUGUUGUGGACUGGAUCGGGGCUAUGUGGACUGGGCCAAUGACAUCCCAUCAUCUUGCAUGUGCACCACGGAGUCCACUAAUCCAUGCGUGGCAGUUAAAGACGGCACACACUUUGAGCGCAUCAUGGUUUAUAAUGAGUCAUGCCUUCCAUACUUGAUCGAGGAAAACAUAAGUGCUAUAGAUAUUAUGUUGGGCACGAUGCUUGGAAUCACAUUGCUCUGGGUUGUGUCAGUAGUGUUGUGUAUUCUCAUCCUGUGUCAGCUGAAUCAAAAGGAAGAUACCCCUGCUGUGGUCUACAGCCCAGAAGCAAAAGCAGGCAACUACACUACUCUUACAGAGCCAGCAGAGUUCACCUGAUUUCUUAGUUUUUCUUUUUGGCUGCUCUUUACACUGGUAAAGGUCAUCAUGUCAGCAUAAUUAGCUAAGUUAAGAAAAGCAUUGCUAACAAUGGAAUUGGUACAUGGUUACAUGGUGUAUUUACGAUGUUUGAUUGUAUGAGAAGCUGCCCCCAAGAUGUUUUUUGUCUCUUUAAACCUUGAAUCCUUUAUUCACUUUUAUCAUCCCUAAAGAUAUUUGUUUGUUUGUGUGUGUGUUACAAUGCCAAAAUUGUAAAAUAUAAAAAUAAGAGUAAAAAAAAUUCAGAUGAGAUGGUUAAAGAAAAAGUGGGUUUAAGGAAAAAAAGCACUGAUGAAGCUAUAACAGCAGAAACAUGGAUGUAUUAAAGCUUUAACUAGAUUUUUCUGUAUCGUACUGUGCCAAAUUGUAUGUAAACUUUAUUGUUUUUACAGUUUUUUAACUUUCUGGUGACAUUUUAAUUAAAGAAGUGACUGGAA